UUUGUGUAGAAGUGGUCUCCUGGUUCCAGUGUUCCCUUUGAUGUGGCAAGAUCAACAAGCUAACAAGAUUUCAUAACCACCUUGUGUAGGGAAGCUACUGAAAGACACUAUGACUGAGUUCUUGGUUUGCUUUAACUGGUGCAGUGGUGAGCAGCCCCAGCCAAAGAGACGUCGGAGACUAGACCGAAAUAUGAUUGGAGAACCAAUGAACUUUGUCCAUACUGCCCAUGUUGGAACAAGAGAUAUGAAUAGUGGUUUUACAUCUGCUGGGUCAAUUCAGGACCAUAUGAAGUCAAAAGGUGGCUACGCAAAUGGCCCUCCUGCAAGUGCACAGCUAUAGAAAACUCGAAAGGAGACUGAUGCACCAAUUUUUGAAAUUCUGGAAACUGAUGUUACUGGAAGACCUCACUUGUUUACACUAAUAGUAAAAGAUAUUCUACUGGGGAAUGGAGUAUUUCAUAGUAAUGAACAUUUCUCUGAAUCCAGUGGUUGGAUGCCCACAUUCUAAUUAAUUCUUUGCUGGAACUGUACACUAGUAUUGCUUUUAACUUUAUAAAUUAGAUCUUACUUUUUUUUGUCUUAAAGCCCAGUGAAGUCUCCACAACCCUAAGGCUUUUGUGAUGGAUACUCUCACAAAAUAACUAGGUUCUCCACCCUAA